AUGAAGUUUCACCCCCCUGGAAUCUACACUCUCCCCUCCAUUGAUCAGCCUGAUGUUUGGUAUGGAUUAAUAUCCGUUCGCAAGGGAUACUAUGCCGGCGGCGUUUUCCCUUUCAAGCUCGAAAUUCCUGAAGAUUUUCCGUCUGUUCUACCUCCCAAAAUUUUUUUGCCUCGCGGCUUUUACCAUCCUUACGUGAGUCCUCAAACUGGAGAACUUGACUUGGGCCCAGAGUUUGAAAAGUGGGUGUCGGGUACUUCACGAAUUUUUCACAUUCUUCACUAUCUUCGCUGCAUCAUGAACGACCUUUCAGUUGAAGCUGUUUCCACUAACGACGCUCAGAAAUUUGCCAAUCCAGAAGCCGUACAAGUGUUGAUCUCGGAACCUGAGAAAUUCGGAAUUUGUGCUAAGACCUAUGUCGAGGAGAAUUCCCUUUGGUCAUCAACAGAUUGCGCAUCGAAAAACGGAUUCUCGAGUCCCUUGAAUGUUUUGGGAUGGCAAAACGACUCUUUCAUCUCCAAGAUUCGGGAUAAGAUUGUCAACUCCUCUCAAUUAUUCAUACGUCGAUAUCUUGAGGUUGACGGAUAUUUCCAUCGAUCCGGUUCCAGUUCAGAUCAGAGACUAAGCUAG